AUGAGUGACAAUCUUGGUGAUGACGAUAUCGAACGUUUUUUGGGUUUACCAAUGUCAAGUGAACUAGAUUAUGGAAAUCUGAGUGAUGGUUUUUUGGGAGGUAGUGCUAAAGACAGUGAUGAGUCAGACGGGGACGACGAAAUGGACAUCGACCCGGACUUUCAACCUACCCUCCUGUCAACGUCAGAGAGCGAGCACAGCAACAAUGAAGGUGAUGUAAAUGAAUACAAUAUGAAUUUAUAUUCAGCAACAAACGAGACUGAUACCCAGACUGAGAGUGUAAAUGAUCAGAAUGAUAGGGAAAGUAUGAAUGAGGAUUUGGAUGAGGGCGCAGGAGGGGAUUAUUUGAAUGGUGAUGUGUAUGUUACCUUGGGCGAAAGGUACAAAAAACUCAAGAAAAAGGAGGAUAAACUUAAAAUGAAAAAAGAAGAAGAAGACAAAUGGAAGUUGCCAGAAGGUAGACAAAAAAAUAUUGUUUUUGGUGGUAACUCAGAAUACAAAUUUAAUUUACCAAGGACUGCACAGCCGAUUGAUUUUUUUUCAUCUUACCUAAACGAUGAAAUCCUGGCGGUUAUGGUUGAUGAGACUAACCGAAAUGCAGCGCAGGUGCUUCAGAAAAUAAGAUUAAAUGGUAGUAGUAGACUAAGAACAUGGCGGGAUACUAACGUGGAGGAAAUGAAAAAGUUUUUGGGCCUUUUAUUAUACAUGGGCCUUGUUCCCAUGCCCAGAAUAACGGAUUAUUGGUCCAGGCGACUGCUAUACCGAAACUUGGUUGCAAAUCGAGUUAUGAGCCGAAACCGAUUUCAACUUCUACUUCGCUUCUGGCACUUCAACAAUAAUGACAACCUUGAUCAGGAGGGCCGUUUGGCCAAGAUUUUGCCACUUGUGUCCCAUCUCAAUCAAUGUUUCAAAAGAAACAAGAAUCCUGGAGAAGAUCUUGUAAUAGACGAGAGUAUGAUUCCGUUCAGAGGUCGUCUUAUCUUCCGGCAAUAUCUUCCCCAAAAAGCCCAUAAGUAUGGUAUAAAAGUUUUCAAGGUUUGCGACACGACCGGCUACACAUUGAAGACAAAAGUGUAUAUGGGUAAAGGAACCGGCAUCGAUGAAGGAUCGUCCUUGGCAAUGUCUGUUGUCAUGGACCUCAUAAAUGACUAUUUGGACAAGGGACAUACUUUGUAUAUCGACAAUUUUUAUACGUCUCUGGACCUGGCCAAUGUUCUUCUCACCAGACAGACUCACCUUGUGGGUACAGUAAUUGCAAACCGUGCAUGGUUUCCACACAAAAAGACAAUCCCACCAAAUUUGACCCUUGGUACAGGAGAAAUGAGCUGCCUGGAGUACCCAAAUGGCACGACGUACACCAGAUGGGUUGACAAGAGGGAGGUACGCAUUAUGUCAACGAAACACACUAAUGUGUAUGAAGACACGGGAAAGAGGAGUCGAAAUGGUACCCCUAUACUGAAGCCUCAGGUAGUUGUCCAUUAUCACAAAGCUAAAAUGGGCAUCGAUUUGUCCGAUCAGAUGUCUUCUUACAGCUCGGCUGUAAGGAAAUCGAUGAGAUGGUAUCACAAGAUAGCGGAGGAAAUGCUCCUUGGAACUGCUGUUGUCAACGCUUGGCUUGGGUACAAAGAGGCUGUAGGUGCCACUGGCCAAGCAGCAAAACGUCAUGUGUACUCCAUCACAACUUUCAGAGAGAAAGUGGCUUACGCUCUUCUGGGCCUUCGUGACGAAGAAAUCGAUCCCGUUCGAGUGACUGGCCACCAUCAUCUAACGGAGACAGCCCAAUUCGAAGGAGAAGGCCGAAACAAAAGGCGGGUAAGACGUCACUGCAAGAUCUGCUACCAACAAGCUCAGAAUGCAGGCGGGCGUGAGACUGCUAGGAAAUCGAAGAAAGUAAACACAUUUUGUGAAACUUGCCCCCAGAAGCCGUUUUUGUGCAAGGACUGUUUUAGGAACACACACAAGUAG